CAAUCUUCAACUAACACAUUUUGGCAAUUACGCAUGCUCACUGUAAACCGGAAAUAGAUUGCGGAAAGCCGCGCUGCAUAUGCAAACAACAAAGGGAAGAAAGAAAAAAAAAACAGGGGAGAAGCAGCUUCCUCAUUGGAACUAGUCUGGUUGUCUGCUUUUUGCAUGACUGGUUCCAGUGAGUAAAGUGAUAGGCUGUGAAAUCAGUUAACCAGUCUGAUAUCUGACAGCAGAAGAUAAUAUUUACAGAUUUAGCAAAAUGGGUGCUGUGAAGAAAACAGUAUGGCUGACCUUUGUCACCAUAGUGAUGACUUCAAGGUCAUACGGCAUGAAGGUGGUUAACACAUACCGAGAUGUCUUUGGUGACAGUCUUCUAAAUAUAGACAUGGACAAAAUAUCUGGAACAUUUAUAGUGGGUAGUGUAAAUAGUAUCACAAGACUUAAUGAAAACCUGGAUUUAAAAGCAGUUGUUCAGAUAGGAAAAAAUAGUUCCUACAUAAAUAAUGUUGUGAUAGAUUCAAAAUCAAACUCAGUGAUUUUGUGUUCCGGGGAAAGUGGGAAGUGCGAAAUACGGUCAUUGAAAGAUUUUGAAAAAGUGCUUUCUUCAAAUCCAAAUCAUCUAGUGCCAAAAAACAGAGAAAGAGAUUCUAGCAGUGUUGUAUUGCUCAGUGCUAAGUACAGGAGAUUAUUAAUUGCAAACAGUUUUCGCGCAAACGAAAAUCAUCAGCAGAAAUCGGUACCAAUUCUUAGUAGUAGAACUACUGAUAAUCUUUUUAUUGCGCAUAUUAAUGCCAAAGGUUCAUCAGCUAAGUAUGCUGGUAGCAGUAAGUUACCAUCUGACUAUUUUGUGAGAUAUUUAUAUUCAUUUUCUGGAAAGAAAUACGUAUAUUUCAUUUCCCAUCAACCAAAUUCGAAAAAUAGUGCUGUUGUAAGUAAAAUCGCGCGGCUGUGUUUGGAUGAUGACUAUUUCAGAUCCCAUGUAGAAAUCCAGUUAGACUGUGUCGCAGAUUCAAGCACUCAGUAUUCUGUAGCACAGUCUGCCCAUUAUGAUCCAAGUACCCAGAAGCUUUUUGUGGCAUUUAGCAAAGGAACUAGUCAGGAGUCUUCUGCUGUGUGUUCAUUUGACCUGCGCGACAUUAACAAAAUGAUGGACAACACAGUACGAGAGUGUUUUGAAGGAAAGGGUUUUUACGGUCCUGUCCACCUCCAUAAGACAAGUUCAUGUGUACCUACAACUGCUAAGCCCGAUAUGUGCGGAAAGUCCGAGGUAUCAGAAGCUUACUCUGCCAUCGAAGGAACAAUGCCAUUAUUCCAGCGUCCGAUCAUUACUUUUCCAAAUACUUUUGUGACAUCCUUUAUUACUAGAGAGGAGGAACAACACACAGUUCUCUACCUUGGAACAAGAAAUGGCGCGCUUCAAAAGGUUACACUUGCUGACAAUGGCCUGGUUACCAUGGUACAUUCUGCUGACCUUGACCUUGGUCAUGAAGUGAUGAGCCCAAUGUUUUUGAACCGGGAAGGAAACUACCUGUAUGCAAUGACAAAAUCAAAGCUAUUAAAGGUGGACAUUGACCACUGUCUGCAGCAGACGACAUGCCAGGAGUGUACCAGCUCCUUAGAUUCAGUUUGUGGAUGGUGUGUUCUACAGAACAGAUGUACAAAACAAGAUUCCUGCACAGCAGGAAGUGUAUCUCCAGCAUGGUUGCCAUCAAGAAAUGGUGUAUGUGCUGAUAUGAAAGACGUCUUCCCUAGAAUGGUCUCUAUACCUGCUAUGAACCAUGUUGAUAAGAUCAGUUUUAAACUGGACAAGAUAACUUUGGCUGAUGCUAGUGAUCUUGACCUUCACUGCAGCUUCAUUGUCAUGGAUACAAAACAUAAAACCAUGGCAACAGUCUCAGGAGAAAGAAUUGUGUGUCCGCUACCAAAGAGAACCAGUCUACCGUCCUUGCCAAUUGGAAAAGUGCGACAUGGAGGAGACCAUGGUAUAUUGGAGGUGGAGUUCCAAGUUCAAGGAAAGACUGUUGUUAAACGAGAUGUCUCAUUCUAUAACUGUCAGCUGAAUACAAAUUGUACAAGUUGUACCGAUAGUUCAUUUGGGUGCAAGUGGUGCCAUUUCCGUGGAAUGUGUGUUGAAUCGACUGCGGACAAUUGUAUUAAUCAGACUGUUCCAGCCAUAACGUCAUCUAGUAAAUGUCCGAGACUGGAAACCUCGUCACGAGAUACAGACGUAGUAGUGCAUUCUGGGCAGACAAAAAAGAUUGCCGUACGAGUAACAAGUUUAAUGCCUGAUCAGAUGACGAACAUCUUAUGUCUGUUUACUUAUGAAGGGGAUGUAAAAUUUAUCCCAGGGACAAUUACAUCCUCCAACCUGAUCUGUAAUCCCCUCAAGUUUGAAUUCAGUGAUGCUAAUUUACCGAUAGUAACAGCUGUGUUUACUGUAACCGCUGGCAACAAUAGCCUGCCAUUAGACAACCCACAGAAUAUCAAAGUAAGGAUAUACAAGUGUGGCCCAAUGGUAACUAACUGUGGACAGUGUUUGACAAUGGAUCCAGAGUAUGAGUGUGGUUGGUGCACAGCCGGUGUACCGCAGUGUUCUCUUCAAUCUGACUGUCCCUCAGCUGACUGGUUAGACAGGGCGGCAACAUGUCCAAAUCCACAGAUACUUAGGUUCAGCCCAAUGACAGGACCGAUUCAGGGGCGGACAAAUAUCUCAGUUACAGGUUUGAACCUGGGAAAGACUUACACAGACCUAGAAGUUACUGUAGCUGGUGUAAAUUGCGUAGUGCAACCAUAUGAGUACGAGUCCUCUCAAGGGUUCCUAUGCCAGACAGUGGGUCCAAGUAAAGUUAAAGAAGGAAUAAUCAAAGUUAAAGUAGCUGGACAGUAUACAGUUAGAUCACAAAGUAAAUUUAUGUUUGUGGACCCAGAAGUAACAGAUCUGAGCCCAAAAAAGGGUCCAGUAUCAGGUGGAACAACUAUUACCAUUGGUGGAGAAUAUAUGAAUGCUGGUACCAUGACAACGGUUGAUGUUGGGGGAAGUCCUUGCAAAGUUGUCAGUUCCAAUGUGAGUACAUUAGAAUGUAUGACAUCACAGCUGUCAGCCAAUGAGAAUGAGGUUGAUGUUGAGGUCAACUUUGGCGGGCUGAAUAAAUUGGUACCAGAGAAAUACUUGUAUGUGAAGGACCCAGAAAUCAGCAUGAUUGAACCAAAGAAGACAAUUUUAAGUGGGGGUACAUCAAUCACAGCUAUGGGAAGUCAAAUGCAGUAUAUACAAAGACCACAGUUCUUUGUUGAACACGGAAACAAGCAAAUAACAAGUAAUUGCUGGUUAGAGCCAUUAACUGCAUGGCUUCUGUGUAAAACACCCAAACUGAAUUUUCCUGGUGAAAAUAUCACUGAAACUAGUCCGAAAGAAGUGCAUUAUGGGUUCAACCUUGAUGGCGUGACAACAUAUAGGAACAUAUCAACUGAUCCCCAGUUUGGUCCGCUGCUGUACUACCCUGACCCAGAGAUAGAGAAUUUGCCACUGCCUGGAAAUGGCGGGAAAAAGUAUUCCAAGGAUACUAUGGUUGUGAUCAAGGGUAAUUUCAGACGCGUCAAUCCCAUUAUGCAAGACGUGAGUGUAACUGUCGGUGGAAGUUUCUGUGUGAAGCCGACAGCCACUGAUGACGCUUUAUCUUGUAAUGCACCGGAACAACCUCGCGAGGUUGAUAGCAAAGGAAAUGCUCUUGUCAUGUUACAAAUUGGCAACAUGGAGAAAGAAGUUGGCUAUGUCAAAAUCUAUGAUACUGACGAAAAAGAAAAACCGAUUGCAAUAGGAAUCAUCCUUGGUGUCGUGUUGCCGAUACUUGCAAUUAUAACACUACUUGCCAUCUGCGUGAUUCGUCGACAUCGUAAACACAAGCCGAGUGAGGACUAUAUUCCAGAUGUUUGGAAAGAGGAAAAGAAGGAGGAAGAAGAAGUGGAAUUAAAUCAUGUCUCAGUUAAAGCAGAUAUGAAUGGAUCUAUACCUGAUGAUAAAGACACUGCCCCAUAUAUAGAAGAAUUAUUGAGUAAAGUAGAAGAUGAUUAUGUUAAACAGUGUAUUCAGCUACUGCUUAUAUCUCGGAGAAAGUUGGAUAUAGGGGAUAUUUUAGGAAAAGGUAAUUUUGGAGUAACAUACAAGGCAACAUAUAGUGAAACUGAUGAAGAAAUCCCAAAAGAUGUGGCUGUCAAAACUUUACAAGGGUCACAAACGGAUAGUGAAAGUGUCUCGCAGUUUCUAACAAAUGUCUCACAAUUACGUAACUUGCAACAUCCUGGCAUUAUGCCAAUAAUUGGAGCAUGCAUUACAGUAUCUAGUGAUCCAAUGAUAGUUAUACCCUUCUCACAAAAUGGCGAUCUCAAAUCAUAUGUAAGGGACUCAAAUAAGGAAUUGAAGGUGUCUGACUUGCUUGAUUUUGGAAACCAGAUUGCCGAAGCUAUGGAUUACCUUAGCAGCCAGCCUGUUGUCCAUGGCAACUUAGCACUUAGAAAUUGCUACUUAAGUGACCAGAAGCGUGUGUUAGUGGGAGACUAUGGAAUUCAUAAGGAACUCUUCACAAAGGAACAGUACAUAAGGGAAACAGACAAAAACAAGUCUCUAGUCAAGUGGUCUGCACCAGAGGUGUUAGAGGGUGAAGAUUUUAGCACUGUUACUACAAAAUCUGAUGUGUGGUCGUGUGGUGUUGUAUUGUGGGAACUGUUGACAAGGGGAGUAACUCCAUACCCUGAUGUAGAUAACUCUGACAUUGCUGCUCAUGUGAAGGAAGGAAACAGACUGAAAAAGCCAAAGCAGUGUCCAGAAGAUGUAUAUGGACUUAUGCUACGCUGUUGGACGUUAGAAAGUGAAUCACGGCCAACAUUCCGACAGAUUUCAGAAGACAUUCAGAUUUUUACUUCGGGAGUAACUGAUGAUCCCAGUCUCGGGGAAUCGACCCCUUUACAGGACAAAAUUGUUGCCGAUGGUGAAAUCGUGUGAAAAUGGGAAGACAGCAGUGUUCUAUGGUUCUAAAUGGGGAUCAAAUCCAAACUGACGUGUGAAUCUUGAAAGUGCUAGUUGAAACUGUGCUGUAGAAGCAGAAUAAAUCUGUAAAAAGAAAAGACUCAAAGACAGAAACUGAGAGUUCUUCCUCCCUACUUAAAUAGUGGAUGUAUUUUAGAUUGUACUAUCAAACAUAAAGAACUACACAAACUGUAAAAAAAAGAGUAAGGAUUGGAGGAGUUUAUAUUUCUGACACUAGGAAAAGCUUAAGUGUCAUUCUGUAUUUUGAGGUUUCUUUAUUACUGACAGUAAAAUGUACUUGAAGUGAAAGCCAUAAAAAUAUACUUGUUGUGAAUCUUAGUAUAUAGAAAGUGUUUAAAAUUGAUUAAUAGUGAUAAAGCUGCAUGGAAAGUACCUGGUCUUGUAGACUACUUGAAUAAUAACUGUAUAAAAAUAUACGCGACAGAUCCAAGCUUUUUUAAACUAAGAAAAGCCAAAUAUGUUUUUGAGGAUUAUUUACCUGCAAAAUGGUACUAGAAAAAAACUGCUUAUAUAUUUUGUAGGUAGAUACACACAUUACUUUUUUUGCAAAUUUGUCCUAAGAUGAAUUGGUUUAAAGAUAUUUUGUAUAUUGUAUAAGUAAAAAGUGCUUCCCUUUCCGUCAUUAAAUUGAUUUAAGUGUUGGUUCUAAAAUGCAUUUGAAGAAAGUACAUAGCAGGUAAAAACAAUUUACUGGGCAUAUUCACAGACUAAAAAUACAAGUUUUGUCAAAAGUUAUCAUAAACAUACAAUCUUUACCAUAAGUACAAUAUUUAUUAAAAACCUACAAGGUUUAUCAAAAGUACAAGAUUUACCAAAACAUACAAGAUUUAUUAUCUGUUAAAUCCUGCAGAGAAAUAUCACUGGAAAGUCUGAAACUUGAUUAUUGUUUAGUGGUGUUUGUCCAUCAGAGGUUAAUUGUUAAAGUAAGGCUUAUUAGUAAGAACUAAGAAAUAUGUUGGCAGGUAUCCACUCUACAGAAGUGUCAGUUUAUAGAGGUUAUGCAGUCGUUACUAUUGUAAAAAAAAAAAACUGAACAAUUUUGUUUAAAAUAUUUAUCAGCUUAUACUAAAGUUUGAUCUUUGUCAUGUAAUGUUGGAAUGGUAUGUGUUGUAUAUAUAGGUACUAUUUAUAUGUAAGGCAAUGAUAUAUCACUUUCUAGAUUGACAAGGAAAACUUCUUCAAAAUUAUUUUCUUCUCAGAUAGUGGUAGUUUACACCCAGAUGAACAAAAAUGACUACAUGGAUAAGACUUUGAUUUAGAAUAAGUGUAUUAGGAAGGUUAGUUUACAAAUAUAUUAUGUUCAGUCACUAACAGAUCAUUUUUAUACGUUUUCAAAUGGAAAACGGCUUAUUUAUUGGUGAUGAAAAUUUAGGUGUUGAUGUAUAAUUGCCUGAUUUGUGUUGUGAAGUUUUAAGCUUUUUCGAUAAACUAUAAGUGCCAAAUGAAAUACAUUUUAGCUCUACUGUGUAAGAGACAAGUGUGAGUUGAUGCCCUUUAAGGGCCUCUACUGUGUAUGAGGUAGGACAGGACCAUGACUUGAGGCCCUUUUAGGGUCUUUUGCUUUCAACUUUUUAACCCACCUGUUUUACAAACUGCUGAAUAUAUGUGCCUUUCAUUUCAAAAGGCCUUUGUGUAUUAUUUUUUUAGAAUUUUUGUAUUUUGAUAAAAGCAUCUGACUUCAUUUUUUUGUACCAAAUGGUUCCUUUUCACUUGGUACAGCUCAUACCAAACUUGAACUUAAUUUACGUUUUUAUAUUGCUUAUUCUGGUAUAGUUAUACUUUGUGUUAUAUUCACAAUAUGAUGUGUUGAAUACAACACGGUUAACAGGGUGUUGUAUCUUCCCUUAAAUUGUGUUAACACAUUUGUGGUAAACAGAUUGUUCCUAUGAUAUUAUUUUGGUGCUAUGUUUUUAGUUACGGUUUUAUUGCAUUUUUUCGAUAUUUUUGUUGAAUUUUUUUAUGAAAAGCUGCGUCUUUAUUAUACAAGUGCCAUACAGGUUAUGAAGGCAGCAAUUUUAAUCAUUUCACAAGUACUUCUUUGCAGGAUAUGUUUCUUUUUUGCAUUGCACAUUGGAUAAUUAUGUCUCCCACCACACAGUGGUGUGGGAGACAUAUUGAUUUACUCCAGUCUGUCACAAAGCUUGUCCGCACUCUAAGUCGAACAUUUCUCACCCGAUCUUCACCAGACUUCAACAAAAUGUGUCUGCCAAUAAGUGCUCGGCCAAGUUCGAUAACUAGCCAAAUUGGCCUAGGCACUUCGGAAUUAUGGCCCUUGAAUUACCAAAAACACUCAAGAUUUCUUGCGCAGUUUUGCCCCCAAACCGGCGCCUUUACUACUAGUAGUAUAGGCGUCCUUUUGGUGUCAGGAAAGCGCCUGCACAUGUGGAUUAAGUAAACAAAACGUAUAUAAAGACUGACUUACUAUUUAGAUGAUUAGGCAGUUGUGGGAGACAUGCGCUUUUCUCAAAAGCGUCUCUAGUUACAGUUUGACUUUAACACCUUUCAUUGUGACACGGUUCAUAUGUGAACGGUCUUAUAAAAAAGUGCCAUAUAAUACAAAUUUUCCUUGUGUUUUUACAGAUAUUAAAACAGAAGUUAUAGAGAGGUUAUGAUUUCAAGCUUGUAUACAGUUGAAACCUGCCUUAGCAGUCACCUUUGUUAUGCAGCCACUUGCCUUAAGCAGCUUUUAAGCUAACUUUCCAAUCAGACGACCAUCCACCUUAAGCAACCACCUGACUUAAGCUGCCAUAUUGUGUUACUCCCUCAACUGGCUACUUAAUAAAGGUUUGAUUGUAUCUCCAUGUAAUAGUAAACAACUACUAAAAUUUGUCCAAUAAAUGCCAGUAACAAAUGAAUUGACACGUUAAAGACAUCUGGCUUAGGCUCAAUAAGUACAAUUUAAACUUGUAUGGCAAAUAAAUGUCAAAAUUAUAAAGUUCUGAAUUAUGACAUUUUACAUUGUUUUGAAGUAUAUAUUGAAUCCAUACAAGUAUGAAAUCACAGCCUUUCUAUUUUUCUGCCAAAGGAAGUAUUUGUAUUUGGCUUUUAUAGCAAAGUGUAAAAAAAACAUGUCUGACCAAAAACAUUUUCAUUUUUAAACUCAGCUGUUCAAAGAAUACAUAGAACUAUUGCACACUCCUAUUCAUCGGCAUAGGAAUAUUAUAAUUUGGUUAAUUUUGUAUGUAAGCUGGUAUUUCAGUAUCCACUGUAGUGAUAGUAUUGAAACUUUACACACUUUCAAGGUGAUGAUUUGACAUGGAUGCACAGAUUCCAUAACUCUUAUUUUAAUUUUUUGCCCUUCUUUGAACAUAGCAAUUUUUGGUUAAGUUUUUCAAUAUAAGCUGGUAUCUCAGUAACCACUUGUGGGAAUGAAUGGUUUGAAACUUCAUGCAGUCCAUGUAAUGAUCUUGCAAUGGGCAGGCUCCAUAACUCUGUUUUGCUUUUUGCAAGGUUAUUUCCCUUUUUUGAUGUCGCAAUUUUUAUGUAAUCUGUUAUAACAGGGAGUAUCAUAUGACAAGAAAGUUCUGUUAUUCAAAAUUGUUGCCCCUUUUGUACUUUUUUUAUGUGCAUGUUUUCAUUUUUUGAACUUUCUUUAAUGAUGAAGCUUCUGAAUAGUCAAGCGUUGCUGUCCUCCGACAGCUCCUGUUCAACCAAAUGCCUGUAAGAUUGUACUAGUUACUAGUUACCAUGGCAACAUGACUACAUUACCUCCACCUUCCAGGUCAAGAAAAUCCAAAAAUGAAAUAAUUUUCACAGACACUCAUGAUUCAGAAAUUGAUUCUCUAAAACAAAAAUAAAUCAGGCAUACACAUAUUUUGUACUAUUUUUGUAAUUUAGAAUUUCUUCUUAUUUGUUUCUUAAAGAUGCAUAAUAUAGAUAGGUUUUAGCAUAAAAUGCAUGUCAUGUUGUGAUACCAUUAACUUUCAAUCUUCUGUUUUAUAUUUAUAACUCCUUUUGUAAACAAUGUUUAAAAUAUUUUUACCACAAUAUUUGGUGCAUUUUUUUUCCCGUCUGCGAAAGGAGGCGAUAUGGUAUGUUGUUUUAUUCAUUGUCAGCCUGUUUGGUGGUCAGUAGAUCAUUUGGUUUUUGGUCAAUAACUAGAUAAUGCUUGGACUCACAGUGGUCAAACUUCAUAGGACAUGAUUGCCUGUGGGAAGUAAAUGACACAAUGUUAUCAGGUCAGUAGGCCAAAGGUGAAGACCUCAGUGAACUUGAAAUUGAAAAUUGUUUCUGCUCAAUAGCUAAUGGAACCUUUGACCUACUGCUCUCAGACUUCAUUAGAAUUACUGCCAUUGGUCAAUAGACAACACUUGCAUUUAUGGGGGUCAGAAGGUCAAAGGGCAAGGUCAUAAUGGUCUUGAACUGAAAACGGGUUUUACAAACUGCAUUUGUUUACAUCCAGUGUAACCUCUUGAGACUACUCUUUUUGGAAGGUCAAAACUUUUUUGUGUAGUGGAUGUUGUUUUGGAGAGGUCCUUUUAGUUAGAAAUUUAUUUUAUGCGAAAGAAAAUGUCCGCCUCUGUUGAGCAAUGUUACAAUAUAACAAGAGGUCUGAACAUUUUGUGGUACUGAGAAAUAGUCCAUUUGACUACUUUUAAAUUAAUAAUGCUGAAAAAUGGUCUGAAAACAGAGGUAUUGUUGGAAUAGUUGCAAACAAUUUCAGCAGUCCGCAGAAAUAGUUUAAAUCAAUCCAUACCAGAAAUACUUAAAUCAGUAUCCUCUGUCUAAGGUUAUUAUGUCUCCCCCAGGAGACAUAUUGUUUUUGCCCUGUCCGUCCGUCCGUCCGUCCGUAUGUCACACUUCAUUUCCGAGCAAUAACUGGAGAACCGUUUGACCUAGAACCUUCAAACUUCAUAGGGUUGUAGGGCUGCUGGAGUAGACGACCCCUAUUGUUUUUGGGGUCACUCCCUCAAAGGUCAAGGUCACAGGGGCCCGAACAUUGAAAACCAUUUCCGAUCAAUAACUAGAGAACCACUUGACCCAGAAUGUUGAAACUUCAUAGGAUGAUUGGUCAUGAAGAGUAGAUGACCCCUAUUGAUUUUGGGGUCACUCUGUGAAAGGUCAAGGUCACAGGGGCCUGAACAUGGAAAACCAUUUCCGAUCAUAACUAGAGAACCACUUGACCCAGAAUGUUGAAAUUUCAUAGGAUGAUUGGUCAUGAAGAGUAGAUGACCCCUAUUGAUUUUGGGGUCACUCUGUCAAAGGUCAAGGUCACAGGGGCCUGAACAUGGAAAACCAUUUCCGAUCAAUAACUAGAGAACCACUUGACCCAGAAUGUUGAAACUUCAUAGGAUGAUUGGUCAUGCAGAGUAGAUGACCCCUAUCGAUUUUGGGGUCACUCUGUCAAAGGUCAAGGUCACAGGGGCCUGAACAUGGAAAACCAUUUCCGGUCAGUAACUUGAGAACCACUUGACCGAGAAUGUUGAAACUUAAUAGGAUGAUUGGUCAUGCAGAGUAGAUGACCCCUAUCGAUUUUGGGGUCACUCCAUUAAAGGUCAAGGUCACAGGGGCCUGAACAUUGAAAACCAUUUCCGGUCAGUAACUUGAGAACCACUUGACCCAGAAUGUUGAAACUUUAUAGGAUGAUUGGUCAUGCAGAGUAGAUGACUCCUAACGAUUUUGGGGUCACUCUGUGAAAGGUCAAGGUCACAGGGGCCUGAACAUUGAAAACCAUUUCCGGUCAGUAACUUGAGAACCACUUGACCCAGAAUGAUGAAAUUUCAUAGGAUGAUUGGUCAUACAGAGUAGAUGACCCCUAAUGAUUUUAGGGUCACUCUGUUAAAGGUCAAGGCCACAGGGGCCUGAACAUGGAAAACCAUUUCCGAUCAAUAACUUGAGAACCUCUUGACCCAGAAUGUUGAAACUUCAUAUGAUGAUUGUUCAUGCAGAGUAAAUGACCCCUAAUGAUUUUGGGGUCACUCUGUUAAAGGUCAAGGUCACAGGGGCCUGAACAUUGACAACCAGUUCCGAUCAAUAGCUUGAGAACCUCUCGACCCAGAAUGUUGAAACUUCAUAGGAUGAUUGAACAUGCAGAGUAGAUGACCCCUAUUGUUUUUGGGGUCACUCCGUUAAAGGUCAAGGUCACAGGGGCCUGAACAUUGAUAACCAGUUCCGAUCAAUAACUUGAGAACCACUUGACCCAGAAUGUUGAAACUUCAUAGGAUGAUUGAACAUGCAGAGUAGAUGACCCCUAUUGAUUUUGGGGUCAGUCUAUUAAAUGUCAAGGCCACAGUGGCCUGUUCAUGUAACAUCAUUUUUUGGAAAUAACUUGAGAACCACUUGACCUACAAUGUUGAAACUUAAUAGGAUGAUUGGACUUGCAGAGUAGAUGACCCCUAUUUAUUUUGAGGUCACUUGAUCAAAGGUCAAGGUCACAGAAGCCUGAACAGUGACUUGAGAACCACUAGGCCAGGAGUGUUGAAAUUUAGCGGGAUGAUUGGACAUGCCAAGUAGAUGAUCCCUAUUGCAGCCAACCAUCAGUGUCUCUUUGACUUUUGCUCCUAACCCCUAUUGACUUCUUGCCUAUAGGACUUUGCAUUGGGGGAGACAUGCGCUUUUUUACAAAAGCAUUUUCUAGUUAAACUUGGUUUGGAGACCAGGGUCUGAGUUUUUGAACUGGUCUCUAUACUUUGUAUUAUAACUGUGGACCCUGCUCUUACGGCUGUUUAUGCAAAGAUUUUGGGCGAAAAGUUUCUCAUUGACUAAAAAUCAGUGAUACAGUAAAGCAGUUUAUUUUAUUAAACAUACAUAUGUCUAAAGCAGCUACCAGUUUCAAACAAAGGUCAGUUUGUUAUGAAUAUUCAAUUUGCUAUAACUUUGUCUAUAACAUAUCUCUUAAGCUGAAAUUUUGUUGAGCCAUCCUUAUCUGCAGAUUGAAAUUUUCUUUGAAUUUUCCAUCCAGUCUGUGCCUAUUUGACAAUGCCAGAGAAAAAUAAAAAUUUAGCUGAAAAUUUUUGAAAGAGACGUGAUCGUUCGUAUCACCACAUUUCUUCCAUCCUAUUUGGGAGACAGCUGAUUACAUGAUCAAACAAACUGCAGACAUACUCUUUAAAUCUUCCAAUACCAAAGUAGUACAAUAUUUCACCACUUUUAUUACAUGUAUCCAUUCAGUCUGCGUACAUCUUUAACUGUCAUAUUAUACACAAGUGUUCAUUUUUACAUAACUUUCAUCUUUAUACAUUGUACAAAGUAUGUUGUAUUUAUAUGUGUACUUGAAUUAAAGACUGAUCGCUUUUCUA